AGAGACAGAGAGAGAGAAAGAGAAAGAAAGAGAGAGAGGAUGGAGGAAGAAAGGUACUAAACCGAGCACUGGGAGAGAGGAUGCGAGGCGCAAGUUGAGAAAGAAAAAAGAGCGGCAGGCAGGGGUAGAAUGGUGUAUAGCUUUGUAGGUGCCUUAGCUGGGCCAAUUAUUGUGGAGCCACAUGUUACAGCAGUAUGGGGAAAGAAUGUUUCAUUGAAGUGUUUAAUUGAAGUAAAUGAAACUAUAACACAAAUUUCAUGGGAGAAGAUCCAUGGCAAAAGUUCACAGACUGUUGCAGUUCAUCAUCCUCAGUAUGGAUUCUCUGUUCAAGGAGAAUAUCAGGGAAGAGUCUUAUUUAAAAACUAUUCACUUAAUGAUGCGACAAUUACUCUACAUAACAUAGGAUUUUCUGAUUCUGGAAAAUACAUAUGCAAAGCUGUUACAUUCCCGCUUGGAAAUGCUCAAUCCUCUACAACUGUAACUGUAUUAGUUGAACCCACUGUGAGCCUGAUAAAAGGGCCAGAUUCUUUAAUUGAUGGAGGAAAUGAAACUGUAGCGGCCAUCUGUAUCGCAGCCACUGGAAAACCAGUUGCACAUAUUGACUGGGAAGGUGAUCUUGGUGAAAUGGAAUCCACUACAACUUCUUUUCCAAAUGAAACGGCAACAAUUGUCAGCCAGUACAAGCUGUUUCCAACCAGAUUUGCUAGAGGAAGGCGGAUUACCUGUGUUGUAAAACAUCCAGCCUUGGAAAAGGACAUCCGAUAUUCUUUCAUAUUAGAUAUACAGUAUGCUCCAGAAGUUUCAGUGACAGGCUAUGAUGGGAAUUGGUUUGUAGGAAGAAAAGGUGUUAAUCUCAAGUGUAAUGCUGAUGCAAAUCCACCACCCUUCAAAUCUGUGUGGAGCAGGUUGGAUGGACAAUGGCCUGAUGGUUUAUUGGCUUCAGACAAUACUCUUCAUUUUGUCCAUCCAUUGACUUUCAAUUAUUCUGGUGUUUAUGUCUGUAAAGUGACCAAUUCCCUUGGUCAAAGAAGUGAUCAAAAGGUCAUCUACAUUUCAGAUGUCCCAUUUAAGCAGACCUCUUCCAUAGCCGUAGCUGGAGCUGUAAUUGGAGCUGUCCUUGCUCUUUUCAUCAUUGCUGUCUUUGUGACUGUCCUGCUGACUCCUCGAAAAAAGAGACCAUCCUAUCUUGACAAAGUGAUCGACCUUCCACCCACACAUAAACCACCUCCCAUGUAUGAAGAACGAUCUCCCCCCUUGCCUCAAAAAGACCUUCUAUAUCAGCACUGUCCCUCUUGGCUUACAGAGAAGAGCCACCACAGGACUCUUCAAGGAUGCCAGAGCGCCCCUCAUGAAUGCAUUUCAUGCAGAAGUUGGUCAAGAAAUGUUCUCAGGAUGCACCUGCCAGCAUGGCAAAUUCAGGACAGCACGUUUUCUUAUGUAGCAGCUCAAGAUUCAAAGAUACAAGGCAAGAUGCUGACACAGACUCCACCUCUUACUGCGACCGAACACUUGCCUUUGCAGACUCAGUUCAAAGAAAGGGAGGUUGGAGGUCUCCAGCACUCUAAUGGACUAAAGAGCAGGAGAUUGGACUAUGAAGAUGAGAGCCUCGUGGGGGAAGAUGGGAUUCAACAGAUGUACCCCCGUUACAGUCAGAUAUGCUACCAAGACCGGAGUCCUGGCAAACAUCGUCAAAGCAACGAGCCUGAGAGAGCCUACAUCAACCCACGAGAACAUUACGUGUGAUUUCCCUCUCUUUCCAGCGGAUGUCCUGACAAAUGUUUUAUCUUAGAUUGGGGAAAGAAACUGAGGUCAAUGGUUAUCAUUUUAUUCUCUCUCGUAUAAAACAAUCUCAGUUUACCUGUAUCAGAAGUCGUGAUGAAUAGCUUGGAGCCAAUAGCCAAUUUCUUUCCUUCCUUAAGAGUUUCUUAGCCACCAGCUGUGUUUGUGAACUUGACAAUAGCUUGUGUGUUUCUGUGAUGAUAGUGUUUAACCACUAAUAUUUGGCCUACGACGGCAUGUUCAUUAAACGUAGAACAUCUGCCUGUGAUGGCAGCAGUGAUUCUCCAGAAAGAAAGGCCCCAGCUGGGACUGUUAAUCUGGCUGAGUCUUAGGAAGGCCAGCCUGUUCAUCUGUAACUCAAAUGAACAGAAAAAAAAGUUCAGAAUCCAUCUCCCUAAUUAUUUCACUGGGACGUGGCUUUCCCUAACAUGCUUAAUGCAAUUACAGUACCUGUGCAAACAGGAGGCCUGAGGAAAGAGGCAAAAUUUGCUUUUUAUCCAAAAACAAAUACGACAACAAAAAAGCAGUUGAAACCCUCAAGCCUGUUGGUUGCUUUGAAAGUCUUGUGAUAACUGCCAUCUGUGUUCUUUCUUGAUUGCUAAGGUCCUGAGGGACACAUGUUUUGUGCUGUUCUCUGCCUAGUCUGGAUUAGCUGCUUGCUCACCAAGGUUCUGCUCUGUUCCCACACUUCUGUUCUUUCCUAGCCAGAUUAGCCUGUUUCCCACCUAUUCCAUUCUAAAAGCCUUGUCUAAGUGGUGGACAGACUUGAGCCCUGUCCCUCUUUUCUGUAGUAUUGUCUAUGACAAGCUCAGCUUUGCCUUCUGAAAUUCCUGUCAAACUAAUCCUAUCCACAAAGGCUUCCACUGUACCACGCUUCUUCAGACUGCUUCUCAUCCAAGUUUUAUCUACCUCAGAAAAGCCUGCUGGAAAAUCACCGUGAAAUAACUCCUGCUCUUAAAAGCCAGGUAGAAAAUGUGAAAAAAAAAAUUUUUUAAAGUGCCACUUCAGUAUGGCCUAUAUGCUCGACCCCCAUGUUGUCCUUGAUCCUCCCACCCUCUUUUACCUGAUCAAGAACAAGAGCGAAGGGAUGCCAAAAAUCGAAUUGUGUAGUGACUGACUUAGCAGUGCAACACUCUGGUGCCUGCAAACAGCCAUCUUGAGUUUUCUCACCCCCUUUGCCAACGUAGCCUCACUGAGAUUGAAGGUAGUGAAUAUCGUGGUGUGAGCAGAGGAGGGGGCCCAGGUACCCUCACAAAUGUCCAUCACUCCCCUUGCAUGUUAAGGGAAGUGUUGUUUUCCUGCGUGUUCGGGAAGAUGAGAGGUAUGUCACAGAUAUGAAAAACACCACAGACUUGCCGUAUAGUAGGAAAGAAUGACAUAAGUACUAAUAAAAGAGUUCACGCUUCCAACCGAAGUUUCCGGGGUAGAGGGGAACAGUAGACUAUGAAUAUAGACUUCAAAUGAGAUACCAAAGAUACCUUGUGAUUCAUGUGCCUGCUCUGGUUCCUGCUUGUGUGUUUGUCUCUUUUUUCUAGGUCCCACGCCCGUUCAGACAAGUUAUCCAGGUUAUU